GUCCAUAACGCUCGGAUAUUUUAUUUUCUCUCAUCAUCCAUUUGAGAGCCCGGUGAAGACAGAAAGACGGAGAGAGGAUAUGGAGGGAAGCUGUGCACUGAGCGUCUCUUCUUCCAAAACCCGUUUCCCAUUCAAUCUCUGCAACUCAUCAUCUCGUUUGAAACCCACCCAAAUCCUCACUCUCCAUCCCAAACAGACAAAAACUGUUGAUUUUCGGUCGAAAAACUGCGUCUUUCUACGGUCUUCUCGAAAUUCUAUUAUUCUUUCACCGCCUUGUGCUGUUGCAGAAGCCUUAGAACAAACUCCCAUUUCUCCUCCUCCUUCCUCUCAUUUGUCACCUCCGAGAGAGACGCCAUCGAAGGUAGAUAAGAGCGGGCGGUUUUGCAGCCCCAGAGCUGCUAGAGAGCUCGCUCUCUUGAUUGCUUACGCUGCAUGCUUAGAUGGGUCUGAUCCUGUUCGGCUGUUCGACAAGCGAGUGCAUGCCAAAAGAUUCCCUGGAUUCAUCUUUGACAAGGCAUCAUUAUUGGAGUAUGAUCAUAUGAGUUUUGGUGGACCACCUGUUCCAACGGAGACAGAAGAAGAAGCAGAGGAGUUGCAGGUCAAGUAUGAUAACGAGUCUGCAAUUGAAGAAGAUGUCCUCUCAGCUCCUCCAAAGUUGGUAUAUAAUAGAUCUGUUUUGCGUUUAUCUAGGAAUAUUCUGGAAGCAGUUGUGGACAGAUGGGAUCAUCAUAUCCUUGUCAUUGACAAAAUGACCCCUCCAAAUUGGAAGAACGAACCUGCUGGUAGAAUCCUGGAGUUCUGCCUGCUUCACUUAGCAAUGGCUGAAAUAGCAACCAUAGGAACGCGACACCAAAUUGUCAUAAAUGAGGCUGUCGAUCUCGCAAAACGGUUCUGUGAUGGCGCCGCCCCACGAAUAAUCAACGGAUGCCUUAGGACUUUCAUCAAGGAUUACAGUGGAAAACAGAUUGCUCAGCCGUCAGAAGCUAAAUCCUGAAGGUGCGAUGGAUCAGAUGAAAUGUGGGUGAUGUGGCAACGCUCCAUAUAUGAAGUUUCAUGUAUCCCCUUCCCAAGAAUGUGUAAUGCGCUGAACAACUUCAUUGGGGAAUCCAUGGGUGUUUGGUGUAGUUGCUUUGUUUUUCUUGUUAGCCCAAAUUCCAAAUGCUAAGCUAUGAAAAAGCGUGAGUGGGGGAUUUUUCCUUGGUAAAUCUUUUUUAAUAGGGGAAUGGAUAAACACUACGAUGUAUCUGUGUCAAAGGUAUUUCGACAAGGUUGAUAUAACUUUGAAUUAGAAAUGGGACAGCUACUUUGCA